AUGGCAAACUCCUCCAAACCUACCAAGGCUGGUAAUUUUUUAUAUUAUUGCAUAUUAUGCGGACCUAAUUUUUAUAUUUCUUCUGCAUACGGCAAUGAGAUACUAGAUUAUAUGUAUGGGAUGGAUUUAUCAAACAAUGAAUUAAGUGGUGUUAUCCCCAUAGAGCUUGGAGAUCUUUCAAAACUACGAGCUUUGAAUCUAUCUCAUAAUUUUAUGUCGAGUUCUAUAGCAUCCAACUUCUCCAAUCUGAAGGAUAUUGAAAGCCUUGAUCUGUCUUACAAUAUUUUACAUGGAAGCAUUCCUCACAAGCUAACCAGCUUUACUUCACUUGCUGUGUUCGAUGUGUCUUACAAAAAUUUAUCCGGAAUCAUUCCCCAAGGAUGGCAAUUUAACACUUUCAACGAGCACAACUACUUAGGCAAUCUUUUUCUUUGUGGACCACCAACCCACACAAGUUGUGAAGCUAGGAAUACCUCAGAUAAUGAAGGCAAAGAAGAGGAAGAAGCUGCUAUUAACAUGUUGGUUUUCUAUAUUAGUAUUGCUUCAACUUAUGUGACAGCUUUGACAGGUAUUUUCGUACUUAUGUGUGUUGAUAGUCUUUGGCGUCAAACAUGGCUUUGCAUUGUUGAUGCUUUCAUUGCCUCAACGAACAAUAAGUUGUCUUGA